GACUGGGCUGCCGGGAAUGGGCACAUGGAGUGCGUGGAUCUGCUUCUGACGGUGGACGCUGGAUAUGCCCUGAAGGCAACACGUCGAGAUGGCCGGGGACCCUUUCACUGGGCUGCCCAGGGUGGGCACAACUCCAUUCUCCGGCGGCUUUUGCAGUGCAAGGUACACCCUGAUGCUCGCACCACAGCUGGGGUCACCAUGAUGAUGUUUGCAAGUUAUGGCGGCCGCAUUGAGACGUGUGACUUCUUACUACGUCAAAGAGCAGAUUUGUGGUUGCAGAAUGCGUAUGGCUGCGACGCAGGGCACUUUGCGGCCAUGGGCGGCGGCGUGGCCAUGUGCCAGUGGUUGCUUCAGCAGGGCAUGUGCUUCACCCGACCCCAGCGCUCCGGCCAUACGGCUUUGGACAAAGCAAUGGAAUUCGGGCAAGAGGAUGUCAUAAACUAUCUCGCACGGGCAGGCGCUGGGGUGGAGGAGUCGAAAAGGCAAUCUUCAGGUUACUGGGAUGCAUCAACGAGACGAUCGGUUCUUUGUGAGGAGCAGGUGCGCGACUGGUGA